AUGGAAACGGGGAGCGCAGCAAGGACAAAUGGUACCACCGGCAAGCCAGAGGAUGUGAAGAGCCCGUCCGCCCCCAAAAAAGAUGAAGAAGUGAAGAAGACCACGAACCCUGGCGGAGGGGAGAAGGAGCCAAUGAAGGGCACUGGCAGUACUUCUCUGGAGACGGGGCAAAUCAAGAGCUCCCUCUUCUCUGGGAGUGACUGGAAGAGGCCCAUCAUUCAGUUUGUGGAGUCAUCCGAUGAGAAGAGAUCAACCUACUUCAGCAUGGACUCGGCAGACUCAAAGAAGAUGCAGUACGGCAGCGGACAGAUAGGAGACAUGAGGAGACCCCCCCUCUCCUUUGCAGAUAAAGGCGACCUCAGGAAGUCCCUCUUCUCCUUGGAUUCCAAAAAGAGCUUCCUGCCUAACGAAGGGGAAGGGAGGAAGCCGCUGUUCUCCGGCGGGCAGAUGGGGGACAUGAAGAAGUCUUCCCUGCCUCUGGUGGAGACUGGGGACCUGAGAAGAUCCACCUUCAACAAAGUGCCCGACAGAGCAGCCGGGUCGCGGCCCAGGGUGAAGCUGGAGGAUGUGCUGUGUGAUUCCUGCAUCGACAACAAGCAAAAGGCCGUGAAGUCCUGCUUGGUAUGCCAGGCUUCCUUCUGUGAGCUGCACCUCAAGCCCCACCUGGAGGGAGCAGCUUUCCGGGACCACCAGCUCCUGGACCCCAUCAGGGACUUUGAAGCAAGAAAAUGCCCUGUGCAUGGGAAGACCAUGGAGCUGUUCUGUCAGACAGACCAGAUGUGCAUCUGCUACCUCUGCAUGUUCCAGGAGCACAAGAACCACAGCACGGUGACGGUGGAGAUUGAGAAAGCGGGUAAAGAGGCUGAGCUUUCACUGCAGAAAGAGCAACUGCAGCUGAAGAUCAUCGAGGUAGAAGAUGAAAUGGACAAGUGGCAGAAGGAGAGGGACCGCAUUAAGAACUACACCACCAACGAGAAAGCCACAGUAGACCAGCAUUUCAAAGAGCUGAUCCGUGACCUGGAGAGGCAGAGGGAUGAAGUGAAGGCUGCCCUGGACCAGAGGGAAAAGAUUGCAUCAGAGAACGUGAAGGAGAUUGUGGAUGAGCUGGAAGAGAGGGCGAAGCUGCUGCGGGAGGACAAGGAGAACAGGGAGCAGAUCCACCAGAUCAGUGACUCCGUGCUCUUCCUCCAGGAGUUUGGGGCUUUGAUGCGGAAUUACGUCCCCCCUCCAUCCCUCCCGACAUACAGCGUGCUGCUUGAAGGGGAGAGCAUGAGCCCAUCGAUGGGGCUGCUCAGAGAUGACCUCCUCAACGUCUGCAUGAGGCACGUGGAGAAGAUCUGCAAGGCAGACCUGGGCCGCAACUUCAUCGAGAGGAACCACAUGGAGAACGGCGACCACCGGUUCAUGAUGAACAACUACGAGUGGAACCAGCCCGACAACUUGAAGAGAUUUUCCAUGUUCCUGUCUCCCAAAGCCAGUUUCAACCCACGGUCAUGGGAAUUUUCCUCCUUCCAAGCGACUGAGGAAACACUUGGUACGGUAGGCAAUGGCACUAAGCUGCCUUUUCAGUUCUCCUCGGUGGGACAGAAUCCGCCCGGUGACUUCAGCAAACAGUCUGAUGGGAGCCUCUUCACUAAGACCGCUUAUCCCUCAAUAGUGAGACAUCAGUCCGCAAAGGUGACGCCACAGACGUGGAAAUCCUCCAAGCAGUCUGUAUUGUCACAUUACCGCCCCUUUUACGUCAACAAAGGCAAUGGAGCCACCUCCAACGAGGCACCUUGAUUCCUGAAGAUUUAGGGAAGAGCUGGCAGCACUUGGAGUGAAGACUCAGCUGCGGAUUUUCAUGGAUGUACCUGCUACUAUAUUAACCUUGCUGCUCUAAUCUCUGCCAGGGAGAGGGAAGGUGCAGAAGGGAAUAGCCUUUUACUAGAGGAAACACGGACUUUUUUUCCAAAUCACCUAAUCGCCUUGAAAGCUCUGCAGGCCUUAACAACAUAACCCCAUCCUCUGCUGCCACCUCCUCGUUCCCUCUCUGCCACCACCCUUCCCUUUGCCUCUGCAGAGCUGGCUGCUCUGCUUCUCCUGGGAAGCAUGCAUGCUUGGGUAGCACCCACCCCUUCCCCUCGCUCUGUUUUACCAGCUGCCCCGCUCUCCCGAGUGCUUGUACGGCUCUUAAGUCCUGGUGGAAGGUCCCAAGCUGGGGGUCUCAGGGGUCUUCCUGGACCAGAGAGCCCCCAGCCACCAGGAGCGGUGACAAGCUAAGCUCUUCCCCAGCCUCUCUGCCCCAUCUUCAGCCCUGCCUCGGGUGGGAUGCACAGCUCUCACUCGGAGCAGCGCCAGUGCCACCACCUGCCUGAGACCCCCGCAGACCCCCCUGUUCCCUUGUGGUGGCACUUUUCCCCCCCCAGGCCCUUUAUCAGCUCAGCCCUGCUCCGGCUGGUUAGCAAAAUCCAGCAACAGGACCUAUUUUGAGCUGCUGUAGCCCUGGGCCAGCUACAGGUGGAGGGGCAGAGAGGCUUUUUAUUCCAUUAAAGUACCCCUCCAGCCACCUUUCAAAUUAAAAAAUAAAAAGAAAACCCAUCCUACUAAUAGAAGAUUGAUUAGGUGCCACAGGUGUUGGGCGGUUCUGUUUGUUUGUUUGUUUUAAAUUCCCCUAAAACAAAAUUGGUGGUUUAGGUGCUUUUUUUUUUUUCAGCAAUGGGAAUUAGUUUGCUGAGGAUAGUCCUUUUUAUUUGUCCCCCGGAUAGAUGAAUCACGUCAGCACCUGGGCUGCAGAACAGCCAGAGCUGGUUAACCUUGCCGUGAUCUCACUGAGAUUAUUUUCCUUGCCCUUGGACAAAGUCGAGAGGUUAGGUGCUGCGCAGCCCACCGAGGGGAGCAGAUGGCCCCUUGCAGGACCAGAGCCCUCCAGGGGUGCCACGCAGCCGCAGAGCAGAGAAACGAGACCUGACAGCUCCUCUGCAUGGUUUGCUCUGUUCAAAUGGUUUUGGAACGGCUUCUCCCCACCUUUCCCACCCCAAAUGCUUGCAACGCCUGGCUGAGAAAGGUCACACCCAUUGCUCCCUGAAAAUUACUUUCCUGCUAAUCCCUGUGCAAUGAUGCUCACUGCUUUUUAAUCCUUACACCUCAGACAAAACUUCUGAGGCUGGAAGCUGGUUGCUCCAGAAUACUUGAAAUGGCAUUUAUUUUAUAUUCUGUUUGUUUUUUUUUUUGUUUUAAAUGACCAGAGGGUAAGUGGGUAGCGUGGUGAGGAAGGACAGGAAGGAGAAACCGGGACAGGAUAGGAGUUAGAGGAGAGGAAAGGAAAGGAUAGAAGAGUUGCUAGGAAAUGCACUGUGGGGCUUGAGUGAGUGUGAGAGAAAGGAUAGAAGAAGCCCCCAACACACACCCCGAAAUCUCACUGACUUUAUUCUUUUUUUUUUAUUUCCCCCCUGAGCAGGCAUCUUGCAUUCACUUGGGUCACUUCCAUUCCAGUGAAAGCUUCCACCUCUUCCUUUCUAUUUCCCAAAAUGUGGGCACGAUCCCUCCUCCUCCCGAACCUGGAUAUUAACAUACCCACCCUUCUUGCCUGCCCUAAACAAACUCUGCUGCAGCACCAGCUCACAUCCGAGGUGCCCGGGGGUCCCUGAGACCACGACAGGGUGGAGGAACCGAGGGUCCCUUCCUCCCGCUGCCCCCUCCCCAGCCCCGAUUCCUUCACCCUGUUCUCUCCCCUUCUCCUCCUCACUUCGAGGGCCUCAUUCGGAUCUCGCACACACGGUAAAACCCGACACGAGCGGAGCUACUCCCCGUUCCCUCCGGGCUGGGUGUCCCCAUCCUUCUCCCCACAGCCCUGCUGGUGUCCCCACCAGGGGUGCUGGGGAGGGGGCACAGCUCCUGCCCCUGCUGUCCCUCACUUCGAGGUGUGUUCUGCAUGAACUCUUUUUAUCGUGUUUGUCUCGAUCAGCAAAGCAAGAGGAAUUCCAUCUCCUCAGACAGGACACGACUGCGCUGAUGUAAACCAGGCCCUUCACGUGUGCAACACAUACUGCAGAAAUAAAGGAGAAAG